AUGGACUCCGUCGACUCCCGAAAGCUCCCCGACCCACCGGCGCUGUUGAUGUCGGCCCCGUUGGAGCCCAUGGCCUCCGAUAUCCCAGUGGCGGCGCCCUCCCGGCACCUUGCCGCUAUCGACGAUGCCGUCAUGCCCAUGGCUGUCUGGCGACGAUGGGUGACCCUGUUCACCAUCUGUUGGCUGCCCAUACCAAUGACGUUCUCGACCUCGUCUGUUCUCGCAGUUGCACCCGAACUAGCGCGCGAAAUUCAAUGUUCCUGUCACGGCCAUCAGCAUCGCCAACGCGGGUGUUUUCCUCGCCAUGGCCUGCUCGCCGUUGAUGUGGGUGCCCAUAGGCCGGCUGGUGGGUCGGAGGCCGGCGUAUCUCGCGGCAGCCGUCAUUCUGUGCGCUUGCUCAGAGAAGAAGGAGAGCAGAAAAUACUGACCGAAAAGACCGUCCGCGGCACGGCUGUAGGGUUCUUCCUUGGCACUUGCGUUAGUGCCAACACCAUCGCACCACUUACUGGUGGUAUCAUCGCUACGUACACAAGCUGGCGUGUCAUCUACGGGGUGCAGGCCGGCAUGACGCUUAUCGGUCUCGUCUUGGCUUGGUUCUAUGUGCCACUUGAUCCGCCUCGUGAAGCACAGCCUAAAACGUCAAAACACGUCCUUGCCCAGUUCUCGCCGAUGCCCGUCUUCCGCGUCUUUGAGCACAUCAACAUUCUCGCUGCCAACAUCACCUGCGGCCUGCUCUCGUUCAACCAGUAUGGCCUUCUCGGCUCUAUACGCUCUGCCUUGACGACUCGAUUCGGCCCCGCUUCGCCGCUCACCUCGGGUCUGUUUUACCUGGCCCCUGGUGCCGGCUUCCUGAUCGGGAGCACCAUCGGAGGCAGGCUAUCGGAUCAUACAGUGCGCCGGUACAUCAAGAAGCGCAAUGGCUUGCGCCUACCGCGAGAUCGACUCAAAAGCAGCUUUCCCGCCAUUUUCAUCGUGCUGCCUUUGGGCACGCUGCUAUUCGGCUGGAGUCUGGGCAGAGAAGUCGGCGGUUGGGCCGCCCCGGGGAUAGGAGCGUUCCUUGCGGGACUCGGGUUGAUGGCCUCUUUUAGUGGCCUGAAUACGUACUCUGCUGCAGAGGUGCUCCCGGCGAAGAAGACGGAGGCGAUCAGCAGCAAGUACAUCGUACAGUACACCUUUGCCGCUGGCACGGUUGCGUCGAGGGUGCCCAUCAUGGAGGCCAUCGGCGUUGGGUGGGCGUUCACCAUUAGUGCCGUUGCUGCUCUUGCGGGCGGAGCAAUUGUGUUGAUGAUCACGAGAUACGAGCCUGAGACGGAGAAGACGCUGCGCGAAAGAGGCCCGAAUGAUACCCACAAGUACAAUCUAAUAAAUCCAUUGUUUCAACAACUCUUUUCUCGCGUGUGA